UGUUUGAUGUUUGUGAGGAGAGAACAAAAGAUGAAGUCACAGUCACAGCAUGAAAAACCAGCAAUUAUUGGAGAUGACAGAAAGAACAAUUGGGAAGAAAGGGCUUUUGCAGAAGAUGCAGUUGGUAGCAUGUGGCCUCCAAGACCUUACUCUUGCACCUUUUGUAAGAGAGAGUUCAGGUCUGCACAAGCUCUUGGAGGUCACAUGAAUAUUCACAGAAGGGACAGGGCUAGGCUCAAACAAAACCUUAACCCUCAUUACCAAAAUUAUCACAGAAUCAAAUCCUUAUUAGGUAAUAAUAAUCAUCCUUUUUCUUCACCACUCAUCUCCACCCAGAUCAAUUGUGGUCUUACUCAUGCUCAUAGCUAUUCUAGCCAAGCAACUACAAUUUCUACGACCAGAUCACUCUCAUGUAUAUCCACACAAGAAAAUAAAUUCUUGGAAUGUGGUAAUUUUGUUGAAACAAGUUUGUCUAUGGGUAUGACUACCGUGUUUGGCCAAAAUUCAUCACCAAACAUCAGUUGCAAGAGACUAAAAAACAACAUUUCUUCUCUUCCUAUUUUCCUCAGACCAUGUUCAAAGGACAAAGGCCUGCCUUUUCAACCUGUGGAAAUCUCAGUAGAACUUCAUCACGCAAUGGAAGACUUGGAUCUUGAACUCAGGCGUGUUGUUGGCAUAAUCCAUGAAAAAAAAAUUUAA